AUGAUGCCUGUUGAGCAGGGGCAGGCCCCAGUCCUGCUGCCACCGCUGGCAAAGGACUCCCCGAUCUCUGGGCCAGAUGUUGCCCCUCAAGGGGAGCCCUCCAGCCCUGAGGCUGCCCGCCAGCUUUUCAGGCAGUUCCGUUAUCAGGUGAUGUCUGGGCCCCAGGAAACCCUGAGACAACUUCGGAAGCUCUGUUUCCAGUGGCUGCAGCCAGAGGUCCACACCAAGGAGCAGAUCUUAGAGCUGCUCAUGUUGGAGCAGUUCCUGACCAUUCUGCCCGGGGAGAUUCAGAUGUGGGUGCGCAAACAGUGUCCUGGCAGCGGAGAGGAGGCAGCGACCCUGGUGGAAAGCUUGAAGAGAAACCCCCAGAAGCUGUGGCAGUGGAUCAGCAUCCAGGUUCUAGGACAGGACACCUUACCCAAGCAGGUGGAGUCUGCAGGCUGCCAAGUGGGGGAAGUGGAGUCUCCUCUUGAAGAGUCGUCUCAGGAGCUGGGACUUGUGCCUGCUUCCCAGCUUCCUGCUCAGCCUGAGGAGAGACUCAUUGGAGACCAGGACUUUGGAACCUCCCUUCUCCACACAGCACCUCAGGAGCACUGGAGGCACCUGGAUUCCAUUCAGAAGGAGCAAUACUGGGAUCUCAUGCUGGAGACCUAUGGGAAAAUGGUCUCAGGAGGCAUUUCCAGUUCCAAGCCUGGCCUGUCUAAUUCAACAGAGCGUGGGGAAGAGCCGACAGGACUGCGCCUGCACGUCAGUGAAAAGAUCCUAAAACCCACCUGCAUAGGAGAUAGACAGGAGAAUGACAAAGAGAACCUUAACUUGGAAAAUCACAGGGACCAGGAGCCUCCGGAUGCCCCCUGUCGCACCUCAGAGGAGCCGCCUUCGCAGGCUUCCCAGAGUGGCCUCCUCACUGAAGAGGAGCCAAGCCGCUGUGGAGAAGAAGAAACUCUCCCUCAGGCUCAGGAAAGCCUUCCGGGCGAGCAAGCAGAGGAACAGCUCUCUCCUCAAGAAAAGAAUCCUGGGAAGCAGCCAGGCCGUCGUGUGCCUAAUCCUCAUCCAGGGGAACGGUCCGUGCUGUGUCUUGAGGGGAAGAAAGAGGUCUCCCCUAAAGGGCAGCUGAGAGCCCCCAUGGUCCAGAAACUGCCCACCUGCAGGGAGUGUGGGAAAACCUUCUAUAGGAACUCUCAGCUUGCUUUUCACCAGAGAACUCACACCAGAGAGAAAUACUUCCAUUGCCUCACCUGCAGAAAAGGCUUCCGGCGGAGUUCAGACUUCAUGAAACAUCAGCGAAUUCACACGGGAGAGAAGCCUUGUCAAUGUGAGUACUGUGGGAAAGGCUUCAGUGACUUCUCCAGAUUGCGCCACCACGAGAAAAUUCACACAGGAGAGAAACCCUACAAGUGUCCCAUCUGCGAGAAGAGCUUUAUUCAAAGAUCAAACUUUAAUAGGCAUCAGAGGGUUCACACAGGAGAGAAACCUUACAAAUGUUCCUGCUGCGGGAAAAGUUUCAGCUGGAGUUCUAGCCUUGAUAAACAUCAAAGGACCCACUUAGCAAAGAAGCCCUUUUAG